GGAACCUCCGUGUUGUCAGUCAGUCCCUCAGAAGAUCAUCUCCUCCUGUGGAACCUCAAACAGCGACCUGUAACUGGGUGGAGAUGCGGGCUUCGCGAACCAGCCGGGGCCCCCCGGCGGUGCUGAUGCUGCUGCUGGCUGUGGGCUGCACGGACGGAUACAAACCUGUCAUCAUCGUUCACGGCAUUUUCGACGGACCCGAACAGUUUGAGAAUCUCUCCAUGUUCAUUAAGAAGGUGCAUCCAGGUACUGAGGUGCCUAUCAUUAGUCUGUACAACUACAAAUGCAGUCUGAAGCCAUUGUGGGUGCAGGUCCAAGACUUCAGGAAAGCCAUCGAGGACACCAUGAAAAGGUUUCCUGAGGGAGUCCAUCUUCUAUGUUUCUCACAAGGUGGUCUAAUCUGUCGAGCAGUUCUAUCCACGUCUCCCAAUCACAACGUGCACACGUUCAUUUCCCUGUCAUCACCACUGGCUGGACAGUACGGAGACACAGAUUACCUGAAGUGGGUGUUUCCUGACUGUGCGAAGAAGGCGGUUCAUGUUUUCUGCUACAACAAAUGGGGGCAGAAAUGCUCUAUUUGUGACUACUGGAACGACCCUCACCAUAGAGCAGGCUACCUGAGGAGUAACACCUUUCUGCCUCUGGUCAAUGGUGAAAAACCUCACAAGUUCAUUAAAGAUUGGAGAGAAAAUGUCCUUCGGAUCAAGAAGAUGGUGCUGAUUGGAGGUCCAGAUGAUGGCGUCAUCACUCCAUGGCAAUCCAGCCACUACGGGUCCUAUGAUACCAAGGAAGAUGUUGUGGAAAUGAGAAACCAGGAGUUUUACAAGAACGACACGUUUGGCCUGAAGACGCUGGAUGCUCGCGGCGACGUGUCAGUGUGUGUUCAGUCCGGAGUGGAGCACACACACUGGCACUCCAACUUCACCGUGUUCACCAACUGCAUAGAGAAGUGGCUCAUAUGAAACCGAGUCAGCCUCAAAAAAGAUGUUGGUUGAAGGUGCUAUUCAUCCCAAGAUGAUUUCAAACACAUCAGCUUUAAAUACUGUUAGUACUAAAAGAGAAAUUAUGAGAUUACAAAAGGCUCAGCAUAGAGAAUAAGGUGACAUCAAGUGGUAAAACUGAAGAUUAUAACCAAAUAAAUUAUCUUCCUUCUUGCGCCGUCGCGCAUUCUUCAAAGAAACACUUCAGACUUCCUAAAUUAAAGAGUUUAAAAUAUAAAAGGGAAGUAGCAUUUUAGUUUAUUUAGCAUCCAUAUUUUUGUGAGUAAACUUGUAAUCUUACUUUUUAACAUCAGUGGUUAAACUCACAUCUCUGUUUUUGCUUUAUUCUGGGCUAAAACAGCCACUGUCCAUGAACAAAACACGAUGGCAAAGUUUCUAUGGGAGAAUUAAAACCCCAAAAAUCAAGAGUUUACAAUUUCAAGUUAAGAGCAUAAUUUCCCCAUAAAUUUCAAGAAGCUUCAUUCGUAAUAAAGAAAUAACUGAAAACCCGGUUUGGGAGUUUACCAGCGAACUGCUGUCCUCUGGUGGACGUUUGUGGUACUUCAGCUGAUGCAAAUGAUUUGUUUCUAUCUGGGUUUUAAGGGACCUGUAUUAUUUACAUGAUCAUUGAUAUUCAACGUUGGUCUGUUUCUCUAUGCUUUCACCAUAUUUUAAAUGUUUCAGAUCUUCAAAAAAUUGUGAUUUUUACACUUCAGUUUCUUUUGUUCCUUUAUUUUACAACUUUAAUAAAUCCCAAUGAUAAAUCUCU